UCCGCUCUCGCCGCCGCCGCCGCCCCCGCCCCGCCCCCGCCCGGUCCCCGCCGCUGCCGCCGCCGCCUGCCCAGCGGCCCGGGAGGCGGAGGCGCGGGGGAGGAGGCCCCGCUCGGCUCCGCAGUCCCGGAUGCUGUAUGACUUCAUCCUUCCGCCGGCUCCCCUGCUGAGCUAGGGCCGGUCCGGCAGCUAGCCUCUGCCCGUGCCCCGCCGCAGUCCCUAGCCCGCCCGGUGCCCGCCAUGUCCGAGAUCCUACCCUACGGUGAGGACAAGAUGGGCCGCUUCGGCGCAGACCCCGAGGGUUCCGACCUCUCUUUCAGCUGCCGCCUGCAGGACACCAACUCCUUCUUCGCUGGCAACCAGGCCAAGCGGCCCCCCAAGCUGGGCCAGAUCGGCCGAGCCAAGAGAGUGGUGAUCGAGGAUGACCGGAUAGACGACGUGCUGAAGGGGAUGGGGGAGAAGCCUCCGUCCGGAGUGUAGACGCGCCGGCUCUGGCGGCGGGCUCCGGGCCCAGCCCCGCAGCGGCCAGGAGCACGGGCCGGCGAUGCGGCUGCCGGCGCACCCCCGCCCCGGGCCGAGGUGCCUGCGGGCGGGGGCUGCAGGGCCACGCCGCCGCGGGGUCGGUGUUGCUACCGCCGCUGCUAGGCGCUCCGGAGCUGUCCGCUUCAGCACCACGGCGGCGGCGGUAGUGGUGGUGCGGACCAGCCCGGAGCCCGCCGACGCACUCAUGCACUUUAGAACCUCGGGCCGCAGCUCCACCCCACACACCGGAACCGACACAGAGACCCACGGCCCCCAGCCCGCCCCCUCCCGCACGGCUCCCCUGCCCCGCCCCUCCUCCGAUCAAUCUGGUCUGCAGCCCGGGCAGCUGCGGCGUCGGACUGCGUGGCCAGGGAGGUUUGGCUGCAUAUUUGCAUGAGCUUCCU